CCUUGAUCUUAAUCUUAAUUAUCUUCUUAAUCUCAAACUCUAUCUCUCUCCUUAAUUAUAAUUAUUUGUCCUAAAAUUAUUAUUAAAAUGAAAAUAAAAUCUAAAAAAGAAGAAAAAUACCAAACGGAAUUUGAAGCCAUCACACACCGCAAGUCAAGUCGGCAACAACGCGCGUUGGCCUCCCUCUCCAACCUUCACCCUCUAAAAAUUCAAAACACAUUGAAAAAUUAGAAUAAUAUGUAUUUGCCCACACAUUUAUAAAUUAUAAUCUAUAAUAAUAUAAACAAGUGGCAUUGACAAUGGAAAUGGCAUGAUAAGAUUAUAUGAAUUGAUUGAUUAAUUAAUAAAUGUGAAAUUUAAAAAACAGAAAAAUAAUUGGGUGUUUCCGAUAGUAGUUGUAGCGGUCAAGCCGAGCCGAUCCGAUGACGCGAGCCACUCACACACUGGGGGUUCCCCCAACAACACGCGCCCCUCCCCGGCGACCGUACCGUAUUAUCCCCCACCCUUCCCACUCUUUCGCCUUGCCGUUUCGCUUUCUCUCUCUUCUUUCUCUUUCCGCAUUCCCUCUCUCUUUCUCUCUCUUCUUCCCCGAACCCUAAUUUCUGUUUUCCGAUGCCCGACUUCAACGACUCCAUCGCGCCGCCGUCGCGCCCCGUCCCUGUUCGCGAGGACUGCUGGUCCGAGGAGGCCUCUUCCACGCUUGUUGACGCCUGGGGCCGACGCUACCUCGAGCUCAACCGCGGCAACCUCCGCCAGAAGGAUUGGCAGGAUGUCGCCGAUGCUGUCAACGCGCUCCACGGACACACCAAGAAGACGCACCGCACAGACGUCCAGUGCAAGAACCGCAUCGAUACCAUAAAGAAGAAGUACAAGAUCGAGAAGGCUAGGGUUUCGUCCUCCAAUGGUACUCUCUCUUCCUCCUGGCCUUUCUACGAACGAUUGGAUGCUCUGAUUGGCCCUAAUUUCAACGCCAAGAAACCUCCUUCCUCCUCGCCGUCUCCUUCGCCGCCUGUGGCUCUUCCGCUGCUUCCGCAUCGGAAGAACCCUUCCUCCUCACCUGCGAUUGCGGUGACACCGACGGCCGUCGCGCUGCCUCAGAAGCGUUCCGCCGCUGCGGCGGCGAUGGACGAGGGUUAUUUCAGAAGAAAUUACUCCGCUGUUGCCGCGGCUGCGGCGGCUGCGGAGGCUGACGAAGACGAAGAGGAAGAGGAAGAGGAGGAGGCGGACGAUGUGGAGGAGGAGGAGGACGAAGAUGAAGGGAGGGGGAGCGAGGUGGAGGAAGGGGAGAAGGAGAGGGAAGGGAUGAGGAGAUUGGCGAAGGCGAUAGAGAGGUUUGGUGAAGUGUAUGAGAGAGUGGAGGGUCAGAAGCUGAGGCAGAUGGUGGAUUUGGAGAAACAGAGGAUGCAGUUUGCUAAAGAUCUUGAAGUCCAGAGGAUGCAGAUGUUUAUGGACACACAGGUUCAGCUCGAGAGAAUUAAGCGGGGGAAACGAUCUGGCUCUAACGUGCUGAACCAUGUGUGGUACAUGUGUGCUAUAUUUCAACUUUCAUAAAUGUGAUGCGGUUUUGGGUAGUUGUGUACUAAUAUGUAAGGUAAAUCGGGGGAAACAUGUUGAUGAUUGAACUCCUGGAUAUUUUGUGGCACACUGAUGUUGAUUUAGUGGAUAGGAAACCGCUACCAUGCAGUAGCUUUAGUAGAUGGAUAUUAGGAAUAUGAUGGCAGUUAUAUGUUGACUAAAAAUAACACAAUUGGUAACACAUGAUUUCUCUGCCAAAUUGAGAAAUAUUGUCUAUGCCAUACCUUCAAUACCAAGAAAGGCUUUAUGAAUGUUAUUUACUAAUCUUGUUUAGUAUUAUUAAAAAUGGAUUCCUAUUUUGUGUCCAUUUUUACAAAACGACUUUAAUGAGUUAACUUUAUAAAUUUAAGGUCCCUUAUGGAUUCUUGAAUCUGUUGUAUAUGGUUAUUUGAACUCGUGGUUUUGCAAAGUUGAGGCACAAAUGUCAUAAUGAAUUUAACUUUCUCCUGUGUAUUCUUUAGCAACUAAGGAGUAAUUGUCUGCUAUUACUGACAAUGAACGCUGAACUUGUACAAAUUGCUCUCUGGUUUGCCUGGUCAUCUAUGGACAAUGGCUUAAGAAUGUGUCCAAACUAGUACCUAUACCCGUGCAAUGCAUGGAUAUAGGUACUAGUUUGAAUUCGGAAAUGUAGCCUGUGUUGACUAAAAAAAACGAUGUGGCGGUAGUGGGAGAAGCAACAUGUUGGUUAGUGAAUGUGCCACUUGUUCGAUCUUGAAGCAGGCACAACCCAUUCCUAAUUUAGCUUAAUUUAUUUUGUUUUUUUUUUCUAGCUUAAUAGAGUCACUUAUUUUAAUUUAAAAAUUAGCCAUUUUAAAUGUUGUAUUUGGGUACAUCUUACGAAACUGAGGAACUUGAUAUGAACUCUGAAUAUUUCUUAUGUGCCCACC